AUGUACAACCAGGCCGCCACAACAUCUGUGCUGGUUCUUGAACUGCAUUUAGCCGCUUCUUUGUCGUCAAUGGGUAACUGUGGGCCUGGGUGGAUGGCCGUUGGCAGUCUCGUGCUCUCCUGGCGAUGCAAAAUCGACAAGCUCCGCCAGCUUGCAGCCCAGGGAAAUGACGGUGGGGUGGGUGUCUGCCUGGAAGGCGAUUGGUGUGAAGGGGUUGCCUCGCAGGCCUUCCUUGGGGUCGUGGGGGACUGGGGAGGGGACAGUGACUUUAAUCCUGCGGUGAAGAGCAAGGCACGCUUCAAAGAUCGCUUCAUGCAAACGUCCGCACGGCUGCUGUUGGUGCAAGCUACUUUCCAGGCUUGA